AGUGGUUCUCGAUGUUCUGACCAAUUGCAAGCUUAUAUAGAUCUGUGCGAAUUCCAAUGUUUUGUGUUCGUUGAGCCGAGAGAAGGUUAGCAUCUCCCUCGACAAGGACGGGAUUGCGCGUUUGCGUAUCCAACCACUGGAUGGUUUAAGCUCUGUCCUCUUCGUGAAGACAUCUACCAGUUUUUUUGCCGUUGUAUGGCGCCCAAGCGGCUCGCACACGAAGUCCAUGACGGCGACAACAAGAAAAGGCGACGACGGUCGAAUGGCGCCGCCUGUCCGGGACAAAGUGAGCCCUUCAAGACACAAUGCGCAAUUACUACAGCUCCGGAAGAGACAGAGGCUCCACCACAAGACAAACGCAGCAGUAGUGCUAUGCAAGACACGACGCGCGUGGCGGUGCUUGUGCCGUUCCGCGACAACCACCCAGCACAAAAGCGACAAGCGCAAUUGGACGAGUUCGUGCCAUACAUGACAGAGUUUCUAAAACGUCAUUGUGCUUUGAAGAGUGCCUCCUUCCACAUCUUCAUCAUCGACCAGUCGCUGGACGGACGGAAGUUUAACCGAGGCAAGCUGCUAAACGCAGGCUUCGACAUGGCUCGCAACGACUACGACCUUUAUAUCUUUCACGACGUUGACCUGCUGCCGGGGGAUGAUCUGGGUGAACUCUACACGACGAUACCAACUCUUGGACCAAUGCACAUUGCACGUGUGUGGGAUCGCUACAACGAGAGCUCGACCUACUUUGGCGGAAUCGUGGCGUUCACGUUCCAGCAGUUCAUCAAGGUUAACGGUUUUCCCAACAACUUUUGGGGCUGGGGUGGAGAGGACAACGAACUCUACAGUCGGGUGGUGCGUAAGAAAUUUUCCAUCCAAGCACCGGCGAGGUGCGUUUCAUUAGCUUUGACACGUUAUGAUAUGAUGCUAAUGAGCUGCGGCUCGUGGCUUAUGUGCAUUGCAGUGGCACAAUUCGCGACCUAGAGGGACUCAAUCUGGAAGAAAAGUUGGCAGUGCUUCGAACGAGCAAGGUGAAAUGCACCGUGAAGUACGACCUGCUGAAGGAGCAUCAUCGCACGUGGAAGAAGAACGGACUGAAGAAUCUGCACUAUGAAUACGUGAACGCUGAAGCGAUCAAUGAGAACUGCACCAAGAUUACCGUCAAGCUUGGACCGAAUGGUCACUGGUCGGACUCCAGAUCGUCCUUGGAGCUCCCAACAGCUCCCGACCAGGAUUUGGAAUCGUAUUUAGUCCUCACCGUACCUGAGGCUGCAAGCGCAAAGGAAAAGGUGAAUCAGGCAUGCGCGGAAGAUGACACCAACGCAAUGACAUCUAACCAGUAUUAGUUCCCUGUAGCUUCAACGUUGGCCCAUAAUAUAUUGUGCCAUUGGUGCCAUCAGAA